AACCAAUUUGAUUGAAUGGCAAAGAUCACUCCGGCUUUUUAGACAUCCCCAUUAAUCAACCGCAUAAAAAUGAUUGGUCUACUUGGGUGCAAUUUCUUAGCGCAAUAUGACAUUUUCAAGUGGCGCAAAUUAGGUCUGAAAAUGGCCACCGAUAGUGCCAUUAUCUGACACUUCUAUCACUUGUUGGAAAUGAGGGUUGUGGGGGCUGAAAGUCGAGUGGGCGGUAUUAAGUACACAGGCAGGACCGCCUGCUGUGGGCUUGGACUCGAAGCUUGCAUUGAUGGAUUCCUUUCGCCAGGUGACAGUGUCUAGUAUGCUGUUUGGAUAAAUGGCAGCUGGAUGACAAGAAGUUGAAGGGCAUUCUGCCUUUGCAUCCUCCAAACACAGGGAUAUCGGUGCACGCGCAGGGUCCGUGUCUGCUGUGAUUCGUUACCAACAUGGCGGCUGGUUUGGGAAGAACACGACUGCCGCUCAUUCUCACGCUCCUCCUCCUUCUUCUCUACUCGCGAUGUGGUCUUGGUUAUAAUUUCGUCGACACAAUUGCAAAAUAUGGGCUUCCAGUGCCUAAUAGCGCCGUUAACAUUACCCAAGUAAACGACGACUUUGAUUUGUGGGACGAUUAUGAUACACUUUCCAGCGAAGUAUACGAGAACGCAUACUGGUACUUGAAUCGUAAAGAUUCCUGGAAUGCGACGGAAAGGCAGCACGGUUUGCAAAAAAUCGAGGACAAUAUCAACUCUUGGGCCAACUAUUGUUUUCCUCACAACGCAAGUUAUGACAGCCUUGGCACGACGCUGGUUUUUCCGGCGUAUAAUGACACUCAAUAUAAUCUCUACGAUAAGCUUUAUGAUGCCUAUUCAAGCCUGUGGAAAAGUUACAGCAAUGUCUAUUAUGCUAUCUUGGGCGAUUAUAUGGGAGUCGGAAUAGAUGUAAAAUGCAAAGACGACAUAUCAAAUGCGAUAGCCGGGAGGAGCAUCUAUGACCAGACUGGAGCGAAUGCCGCGACGACCUUGAUGGGAAUUAUCCCCGCACUUCUUACAUUUGGCAACCUGUAUGUCGCUCGCAGCUCGGAGGCUUUUGGCACCAGCUUUCUCGUUGGUGCGAUAUCCGCUCUCUUCAGCCUAGGUCUACCCGUCAGAAGUAUAAGUGGUGUUUCGAGGAAACAAACAAUUUCCCUAGCAAGCUUUGACUACAUUGCUCAAUCGGCUAUAGAAGCUUUAGGAAAGCUGCGAAAGCGAGAAAAGGAUGGCUCGCACUUUAAAGCCAAGAACCGAGCCUCCCUGGAAGAAUUCCAGUCUUACGCGCCGCGCUGGGAUAAGAAGCACUCGAACCAAAAGGAAUUGGAGACUGGCAAGUCGUUUGCGAGUAUACGGCACCAAGCCAAAGAUAAGUGGAGGCGGAGAGCUCAUCUCUGGCGAAUUCCUGCGUUCUUGGUUGCCGGCGUACAAAUUGUCAUCUUUCUUUUCGCUGUUGGUCCGCUUUUUAUGGGAUGGGGCACGUCGAUGCUGAUAUUCGACUGUAAAAAUUACUGGACAUCCCUGUGGCUGCUUCUCUCUGCCGCAAUCAGCGCCCUGUUCCGCUUCGUCAUGUGGGAAAAGGGCCACCACGAAAGGGCUAAAGUCUUCUCCCUAUCACGACGAUCCGUUGACGAAUUGCGACACCUCUGUCGUGUAUCAGCAUGCUACCAAGCCGAUUGGGGGUACAAGAGAGGCACGACCGAGACCGAGAUGCCACCACUCUACCCACCAUUUCUUCUCCGUUGCCAACAAAUCUGGUUCAACCUGGUGGGCAAUAAACUCUAUGCGCUGCUAUCAAGCGUUGUUGGGGGUGCGGAAAGACUUAUCAAACGACUCGCCGGCGUCAAAUCCCCAUCAUCAUCAUCAACUCCUUCAAAUUACGGCGACGACAACAAUAAUAUCAACUGGGAUCUCAAAAACCAAAAAGAUACUUCACUCUUGAAGUACUGGAAAAGUCUGGCCAGACUCGUUCUCAUCCGCCUAAUCUACCUUGUCACGCAUGUCCGAGAACUGCUUCUAGCCGGCUUCCUACGCGCCAGCGCAGAAGACUCGGCACGUCGGUGGCGCCCCCUUGUGAUCCUCUUACACUUGUCGACCACGGGCCGAAACCCACUAGUCACCCUCUUCACCGGCGCAGUCGAAGGUGUUAUUCUCGUUGUGCUCACCUUCUUCUUCAGCGCGCAGUGGGGCGGCAAUCUCGUCGUUACAUUCUACUCCAUGGUUGUCCUCCUCGUCGCAGUCACCAUCGGCCGAGCCCUUGGCAUCUGGUACGUCUGGCGCAGCGCCAAGGAGUUUGGCCUCCACGUCAUCGAAUGCGAGAGCACCAUGCAGAUUCGCGGCUGCCUGCGCAUCCUGUGUAGCAUGAAAGACGUCCUCGUCUAUGUCAAUGGCGCCUGGUUCUUUGAAGGAUACAGAGUCGACAUCGCAGAGGGCUGGCUUGAGUGGGAACGAGAGUAUAAUCGAGGAACAUAUGAUUAUCCGCUAGAACCAACUCUUGAAGAGGCCGGCAAUGAUCCACGGACCAGAAUUGGCAUUCAGACUCAGACUCAGGGUCUGGGUCUGAGUUACGGUCAGGUUCAAGGCCAGGAUGCCAGUAAGGCCGUAUCAACAACUGCCGCGCCAGUGCCUGUGCACCAUGAUCAUGACCAUAUUCAUGAUCCAGAGACGGAUACCGAACGGGGGUCAAAUGCAACUAGCGCCUCGACAUCGGUGUAAAUCAUGCCGCGAUGUUACCUUUAAAAGAUGUACCUAAAUAUUAUUCAUGUAGCAAUAUUUAUGAGCUUGACGGAC